AUGUCGUCUUCUGCCUCUGAGGACAUUUCACUAGACAAGAAAAGAAUACGAGUCUUGGACUCUGAAAUAGCAUAUAUAGAUGUUGGUUCUUCUGGUCCCGAGACACCAGUGACCGUGUUUCUGCACGGAGUGCCGACAUCUUCAUAUCUAUGGCGGAAUAUUAUCCCUUACGCAGCAACAAAGAGCCGCUGCAUUGCCCCAGACUUGAUUGGUUUCGGUGACUCUGACAAGGUGUCGGGGGCAUAUCACUUCGCAGAUCACCAGCGGUACAUGGAUGCCUUCUUAGAUGCCGUCAUACCAAAUCAGAUGAUUACGCUGGUCAUCCAUGACUGGGGAUCUGCUCUUGGAUUUCACUGGGCCUGUCGCAAUGAACACCGCGUUGCCGGAAUCGCAUUUAUGGAGUUCAUCCAUCCCGUGGCAGACUGGAGCAAUUUACCAUCUAUCAUGGUGUACAACUGGAAAAGAUUUCGAGACCCAGAUCCCCAAGUUGGUCGAAAGCUCUUGAUUGAGCAAAACAACUUUAUCGAAGAGAUUCUACCUGGGGGUGUAAUGAGAAGGAUGAAUAGUGAAGAGAUGAAAGUUUAUCGCAGGCCAUUUCUGCGACCUGAAUGGCGUGAGCCCCUCUUUCGGCUGCCAAACGAGCUUCCGGUUGAAGGUCAGCCAGAGCAUACGUGGAAAAUCGCACAGGACUAUAUGGCGUGGCUACUAGACAGUGAGAUACCGAAGCUGUUCUUUUGGGCCAAGCCAGGAGGGCUUAUAUGGGAAGAGAAAGUCAAUGAGCUGGCGGAGAAACUGAAAAAUACUCGCAGUGUGUGUGUGGGCGACGGCAUUCAUUAUAUACAAGAAGAUCAUCCACAUGUAAUUGGUCGUGAAUUAGCUGACUGGCUACCCUCACCUUAG